AUGACGAAGGGAGAAAUUCAUUUCAUGAAUAUUUUACCCGAGAUGAGAAUCUAUAAAUCUUUUUAUGAAAAUUCGUUUAAUAAUGAAUUUUUAAAUGAUUCCCCACCAUACCAAUUAACAAUAGGGAUCGAUGAACUAAUUUCGCCGCCAAAAAAUUCUCGAAAAGCGACAAAUUUUCGAAAAAAUCCUUAUUCUUCGUCACCUCCAAGACCUCAAAAUGCUUUUGUUCUAUUUCGUCGUGAUUUUUCUGCAAAGCUAAAAUUAAAAGAAAUGAAAACGAGCAAUGGGGAUGUCUCUCGUUUAGCAUCCGAAGAAUGGAGUAAGCAGCCGAAAGAAGUUCUUCGUUUCUUUGAAUUUCUCGAGAAUUUAGCGAAAGAUAGGCAUAAAAAGAUAUAUCCGGAUUAUUCAUAUUCACCAAAAAGAAAAUCAAAAUCGAAAAACAAUACAUGUCGAAAAAAUAAUGAAGUAACAUCGGAAGCUUUUUUAAUUAAAAGUAUUAAUAAGGCAGAUCAUAAUUUUUCAGAAUCGUUAAGUUUUAACGCUCAAGGAAUUUGCAAACCCAAUACCGAAUAUUCCGAUUUUACAACAAAUAAUUCUCAAUCUGAACGGGAAAGAUCUUUGGAUUUUUCGGAAUACAUUUAUUUCGAUCCUCAA